AUGAAUUCUGGCGAGCGCUCCGUCGGCAACAUCACCACCCCCAAUCCUCAACCCCGAACGCAACCUCUCAAUUCCGCCAAGAUGACUGCUGCGUGGAAAGCCGCCGGCUUGACUUACAACCGCUACCUGGCCAUCGCGGCCCGCGCUGUCCGCCGCAGCCUCAAGGAGGACAAGAGAAUCGCCGCCGAGCGCCGUGGCGAGAUGGAGCUGCGCUUCGCUAAGUGGCAGGGUGGCAAGCAGGGCGAGAUCAAGGACCUCGCCAGCGCCAACACUGCCGCCAUGGCCGAGAGCGCCUCCUCCUAA